AUGGCCAUGGCCGUGGGGCUCAGUGGGACUCCAUGGGAAGCAGAUCUCAGCGCCUCGUUCUUUUCCUCGUCCGUUUUCGGUGACCACUUUGGCCGUUCUUUUAAGAGGAGGACGCAACGCGGGCAGCGCCGGCAGCGCUUCUCCCAGUCCCGUGGCAGGAGCCGCGGCAGUUCUUCCCGCCUUCUAGGUGCCCUCCCGUCACCCAGGGCAGACGCCGGGCGGUGGGGUCCGCGCCCCUUCAGGGGCACUCGCAACACCCGACGGCCGCGAGUUGCCCACGGGGCCCCUUUCUCGGCGCUGCCCCUCGGACCUGAAACUCGCUACGCCCACGUCCUCCUUGGAGCGGGAGGAGAUCGUGGCUGGCCCCCGCCCUGCAGCCCCUGCCUUCUCUGCCUGGGAUGGAGCGGGGAACGUGGUGUGACCAGGGCAGAUACCGUCUCUCCUGCCACCGUGUCCCCACCACACCCUCUGCAGGCUUCUUCCACGCCGCGCGGCCCAGCGGUGUCUUCCGCGCCCUCAGCCCCAGUGCACCUGAGCUCGGGGAGGGCCGGGUGCGGGGCCAUGCGCAAGACCGAGGAGCUGGCGGGUCCGGCGUGGGCCCGGACAGGGCCGGGGCGCACCGGGUGAGGAGGGGACAGGCCGAGCGAGCUCCACCUGGUUGGGAGUGGCAGCGUCGCAAGGUCCUCCGCGUCUCCGCCGGGGCCCCAUGCGGGCGACUCGGCUUCCGGGGCGGCCGGGCGGCCAGGGCAGUGCCGCGGGGGCCCGGCAGGUGGCGCGGGCGAGCCGGCCCUUCCCCGGCGCCGCGCGAGGAGAUGAGCUCACUGCGGCCCCGGCAGCGCCUGACGCGGGUCGCGCGCUCCCAGACUACAGGCGGCCCCGGGCACGCGCGCGCGCCGCCGGUCCGGCAGGUGCUGUCCUUAGGCCCAGCCCAGUCAAGAGCUACCGGGGCUGGCUGGUCAUGGGGGAGCCCAGUAGAG